AUGGACUGGGGUUCGAAUGGUGAAGAACCCACUUCCUGGGAAGAGCUUUACAGUAUUAAUUUGAUACCAUCAGAGUUGUUUCUCAAGUUCCGGAAAGAAGUGCAAGGUUUAAGGGUCGGCCUCAAUUUGGAGUUCUAUAAUGCUCCAUGCAAUGAGUUUCAAGGAAAGCUUGUCUUGAAGCCCUUAGCUCCUGAACGGAUGUGGAAGUUCAUCUAUGAGCCUAUCCAUCAAGAUGUUCGUAUUCUUUCAAAAAAGAUUCCUCUAACUGGAUAUUUGAAUCUCCAGGUUGGAGUAGGCCAUAAUUUUCAAAUGAAUGCUACUGGAUGGAAGUGGAAACUUACUACAUGUUUUGGUGGAGAUGGUAUAUCUCGGAUCCGGAAUAAGACAUCUCUUGGUGUGUGCCCUGGUGUGGAUAUGCGCUUUGGGUGGAGGGCUGAUUAUGUACUUCCCGAAGUUACUGGGGCUCUGGGCACUGGUGAACCAUGGUUCAACAUGAACUCGGGAAAGUUGCAAGCAUCAUUAGAUAGAGUUGAGACCAUUCUAACCUAUACUGACAUCUACAAUUUCUACAAGCCUAAAGACCAGGAUCAGCAGAGACCUGAAACUGAUGUCACAGAUGUAACUACUUAUUCAGGCGGUUAG